GUGGAGAUGAACUGAGCGGCAUCUCUGAAUAACAACUCCCGGACUGCACAUCUUAGAGCAGGACCAAACACUGCUCCAGAAGGAAGACACAAAGGGAAACACCUGAAACGUUUACAACCUAUACAGCGAUGAGGCAGAAUUUGCUUGGAGUUUUUUCUCCCAGGCAGAAGCCCAUUAGGGAGAUUCGAAGGCAAACUCCUGUUUCCAAUUUGCUAAAGCUUAUUUAACCCGCGGGCCAAGGCUGUGUGAUGUGCUGGGGUUGAUGCUCCGCUUGUGGCCAGCGGGGUCCUGGUCUCCCUUCGCCCACCGCUUCCCCUCCGGAGCCGAGCGGCUCCACAAGAUGGCGAGCGCGGGCUCCCGGGCCCUCCCCAAGAUGGCGGCGGGCGGAGCGCGGGGCCGGAGCCGCACCGGGACCCCCGGCUCGGCUCUGCCGGGGCGGCGGCAGCGGCUGCCCGGGUGCUGUGCGGAGGGGUCCCUGGAGGGCGGGAGCGCGGCGGCCGCCUCUGCUCAGCCCGCGGGGGAAGCGCCGCCGGCGGCCCGGCGCCAGCCGCGGGGCGGCCCCCAGACGCCGGGCCAGCGUUCUUCACAGAAAGCAGCUGAGAGGCGACCCUCAAAGAGGCUAAAAACUGAGCACCCCGAUCUAGUAAAAUCUGAACCAGAAGGACUUGCAUGUGGAAGUGGAAACCUUGCUGCAUUGGGGGAAACACCUAAAACAGCUGAUGGGGAUCAACGUUCAGAGGAUCCAGGAGGCCAUGAUAUAAUUCAACAGAAAAAAGGUGAAAGCCUUCCAGAGAGUAACGAAGAGAAAUGGGAAAAGGAGCAUAAUGCAUCUCACAAGCCACGUGCGGUGAAAUCAAGCAGUGCUCCAUCAAAAAUGGACAGUGGUGAAGACAUGCAUACUCGUGUGUGCAGUGAAGAGAGCAGCUGUGAGGGUGUACUUUCUGAUGGGUCUGGCUCGGAGGACGCUGAUCUCCCAAAGAAGCCGAUGCGGCUGGACAGCAGCGCCUUCUUGGAUGAAGACAGCAACCAGCCGAUGCCCAUGGACCGGUUCUUUGGAGAUGUUGAGUUUUUGCAGGAUCUCCCAGCAGUUGCACUCCCCAGCACCACGAUGAGCAGGCGAGAAUGCAGAAAGCUACAUUUCAUUGCAAAGGAAGAGGAGGAGGAAGAGGAUGUUGUCUAACAACAAACUCUUCUGCCAGUUCUGGGACAACAGCACGUUUCUUCUCUAUUCUUCAGUGCACAAAAGAGAAAACAAUAUUGCCGUUCAAGGCUUUUUUUCAUAAUAAUUGAGCAUCCAUCUCCCUUUCAGCAACAGGCAGAAUGUGAAUUCUUUCACUGUAACUAGGCUUCCCAAACCAAGGAAAUUUAGCAAAUCCUGUUUGCUUCAUGACUGCACAAUGCCUGAAACCAGGUCUGAGGGAUUGCCAGAGAGGAGUCUCCACAGAGGGGGAGGUGGUGAGGAGGGGUAUGUUCUGUACAAGGAAAGCCUGAACAGAAGCAGAGCAGCUAAUGAGAGACAGCAUUAUCAUCUGCCUUCAGGAUUUUCUGUCACCAGAAGCAGCUGCAGCACCCAAGCAUCUUUUACCACAGCGCACUCCUCAUGGCAGAGCUAACUGCACAGCGGGGUGGGUGAAGACUCUGGCUAUACCUUUCCUGCCUCAGAUGAAGGGCAGUUUGGAUUAAUACUUUGUACAUACAUGUGAUCAAGAUUCCAGGUGCUGAAGAGGAUUCUGCUCUCCCUGUUGCUGUAGGGGUUGAUGGAAUGCUUACACGGGCAGUCAUCUCUGUCGAAAGGUCCCUAUAAGACAAGAGGGCAUGCUGCUCACCACGACUGACUCAAGGUAGAUCACCCACACCAUUGCCCUGCCGAGCUCAAUACUGCACUAUGCGCACAUCCAGCUACCUCCUUCCUUCCUCUGCUGUCACUGCAAGUCACGGUGCUGCUCCUUGGAACCAAGACUCUGCUUUAGAGAGGGCUGAACUCACCUGACAGGAGAACCACCCCUCUGUGGUGCACAGGCGGGCUCCCUCCUCCUCCUCCCUCCUGUCAAAGUAGCACCCGUUGUAUUUCACAGAUUUCAGUUUAUCUGCCAUCAGGUCAGUGAUCCUUUUAUACGCAUCUCUUGCUGUAGGAUGAACGUUUGAAAUAAAGCUGCUAACCUAGAGAGGGGAAAAAAACCCCAAACCAGUCAUUCCUUGGUGGUUGUAGCAGCCUGAAGCUCUUUUCUGCAAUCAUUAUAUCACACUAUAUGUCUUUUAUAUAUACAUGUGAUCACAGAAUUAACUUGCAGCUUGAAAAUAAGUUACUUCAGAAACUUUUACCUCUUUCAUGUAGCUCCGUAUUCUGCUUUCACAACUGUAUCGCAUGUAGCUUGACUUGUUCUUAAAGCGAGACUCUAGACCUAAA